GCGUGGCGUUUUUGGGGGCAAGAGCCAGUAACCCGGUUCUGUGGACUGUGAGCCAGGAUGUCCGGAGUGAGGGCCACCGGAUCGUCACCCUUCACUGUCGCAGGAAGGAGAACAGCUUCACUCAAAGGGUGGAGGCAGCGGGGUACCAGAGAGUGCUUCAGGUGGAUCUGGAGGUGAACGGGCAGAUGGCGGUGGAGGGGGCCAGGGAGGUGAGCUGGCAGGUGGAGUACCCACUCACACGCAGCCUCACCAACGAGGUACUCACCCUCAUCCGCAUCGCACCACAGGACCUGGGCGGGAUCGUGCCCCUCGCCAUGGACACAGAGAUCCUGAACACGGCAGUCCUCAAUGGACGAACAGUAGCCAUGCCGGUGAAGGUGGUCACCGUGGGAACAGACGGGGCGGUAUCAGAUGUUACGGAGGCAGUGGAGUGCAGAUCCACAGAUGAACAAGUCAUCAAGGUUUCCAACCGCUGUGACUACGUCUAUGUGGAUGGGAAGGAGAGCCGUGGGAGUCGUAAGGUGUUCCUGAAUUUCACCUACAGUUUCCUGAGCACCCAGCUGGAGAUGAGUGUGUGGAUGCCCCGCCUCCCUCUGGUCAUCGAUGUGGCCGACCCUGAGCUCAGUCAGAUCAAAGGCUGGAGAGUGCCCAUUUCCCUGGGCAGCAGGAGAUAUGAGCGUGUGACAGAUGACCAGGCGGAGGAGGCUGCAGAGAGGGCAGAGGGCGGUUGUGUGCCCCAGUAUCAGAGCACCAGUGUGCGGGUGCUCACUCAUUUCGUGGCAGAGGCAGCAGCAGACAGCAGCAGAGGGGCAGACGAAGACGGUCCGGGACAGCCACUCUUCCUGCUCGGCUCUGAUUGGCAGGUGGAGGUCACGCAGCUCGUCAAGAACUUCCUGCGAGUGGAUCAGCCAAGUGUGGCCAUGCUGACGGAUGGACACGUCUUAAUUGGGAUGAAUUCUGGUACCACCAAAGUCAAGGUGCUGUCGCCUUUCACAUCUCUGGUCCUGGGUGAGCGCACUGUGCGGGUGGUGGAUGAGAAAGUCAGUGUGACAGAGCUGGGGGUACAGCUGGUCUCUGGGCUCUCUCUCUCUCUGCAGCUCAGCCCUGGUAGCAACAGAGCCAUCGUCGCCACGGCUACCACGCAGGAGGUGAUCGAGACUCUCAAACAGGAGUCCUUCAUCAGUGCUUGGCUGCAGUUCAGCGAUGGCUCCAUGACUCCUCUGGACAACUACAACCCUGCUCACUUCACUCUGUCGGCCACCUCUCUUGACCAGAAGGUGGUGACCGUGCAGCAGACAGAGGCCUGGAAGUGGCCCAGCGUCGUUGCCAAAGGAGAGGGUCAGGGUUUACUGGUUCGAGUCGAGAUGAGUCUCUCUAAGCAGUGUCAGAAGGGAAAGCGCAACACUGUUCUGGGGACCGGCAUGGCCAAUAUUCAGGUGAGGCUGGGCCUGUCUGAGGAGUACAGACAGCCUGGGGAGAGGCGAACAAGGCCUGAGCCGCCUUAUUACGGAGGCUCCAUCUCCGACAUGGAAACUGGGUUAAUCAACCGUGGAACUACAACCAUGAGGGGCCAGGCCCCCGGGAGGCCUAAUGGGGGCCGCCUGUCAGCGGACAGUGGAGCCCGGGUCCCCGGUGACUUCUCAGAGUAUCCAGACCAGGCUGAGCAGCCACACAGCCACAGCACUGACGACUUACUACCAUCACGCUCCAGAGGCCUCACAGACCUGGAGAUCGGCAUGUACGCUCUGCUUGGAGUCUUCUGCCUGGCCAUCAUGGUCUUUCUCAUUAACUGCAUUUCAUAUGCCUAUAAAUACCGCAGCAAACAGCUAUCCAUUGAGACACCAGAGACUAUGCCACACGCUCAUGACUGGGUGUGGCUGGGCCAAGAGGAGGGCCUGUGUCUGCAGCAGGAUGAGCUGGGUGGGACCCUGGAGGAGGGGAGCCAGCUCCUAAACGGGGGGCUACAUCGCACUGCCAAUGCAGGGUGUAGCUCCAGUGGGAAGGAUCAUAAGAAUGAGUCCAUGAACUCUCCCACAACAAAGAGAAAAAGAGUCAAGUUUACAACCUUUUCCAAUGUCAAGGCCAGUAAUGGCUGUCCUGUGCUCAGCCCUUUAGCACUGGCACAGACCAGUGAGAUCAAAUGGGUUUGUCCGGACAUAGAGCUUGGGGACUCCAAGGAUCUUAGGAACUACAUGGAGAGGCUGAAUGAGAAUGCAAUCAAGAAUAUUGCAUAGGGAGUACUUUGUAUUUGUACCUGAAUAUAGGAGAAACUCACCUGAUUGCCUUCAGAAUACAGAGGACGGUUCAGAGGGAGGCAACUCACAGUGACUAACGGUACGGACAAGUAGUACCUCACCACAACAGAACAGGGCCAUUUAGCCUUUCCACAGCAGAAACUACAAACUUUAACCUGAGAGGAUCUGCCACAUCAUCAGAGCAUUGUUAAAAGGAGAAUUAUAAACUUUAUAUUGUUCCUCAAAACAAAGUAUAUUAUCUUUAAUUCACUUUUUUAAUCCAUGUACUUUUGAAACCAUUGUUUACUGUUGUGUCUGUUGCUUUCCUGAUGCCUGUGCUAGAAUCUUGGUCUGGUGUAGAUCAGAUUCAGUUCAGGCAAAGUUUUCUGUCUCUGUGUGUUUAACAGCCACUCCAAUGCCAGUAUUCCAAUGUCUAUCAUUCUAGACCUGUUUGGGAGAAGAGUUCAAAGCUUUUUUUCUAUUGUAUAUAAGUGAGAUUUAGUUUGAUAGUGUUGUGUAAAGAUGAAUUUUGUAAAAGUGUUGUUGAUUCCCCUUUACUUUUAUUUAUUUUUUGCCUGGUCUCCACAAACCAGAUCCAUGCAUGCUGUUAUAAACGGGGCAUGUCUGGUUUACAAUUACAAUGUAUAGACAUCACUGGAGACCUUUUAGAUUAUUUACUUUAUUACCAUAUGGAUUUUUUGUUAACUUCAAAACUUUUGUUGUUUCGAAUCAGUUUGGUUUAUCUUAUGUAAUUUAACCAACAGAUUUUUUGUAUUAUUGCAGUCAUAUAGAUUCAACACAGAUUCAACAAAAUACUGAAAACCAAUAGACAAUCACUGUUAUAUCUGUCCAACAUGCUCACUGACACUGUCCAGUUGACUAGAGCUAGUGUUCUGAAUUACUAUGUAAAUUCUCCUCAUUCUUUCUGAAUAUUCGGUUACAAAAGAUUACCAGUGGACUGUUCCAAUAUUGACUUUUUAAAUUGUGUUCUAAAAUUGUUUUCCCUAUUGCUUUGAAACCUGGCUGCUGGACUAAUUAAAACUGGGAGUGACUCUUCUCCAUCAUA